AUGUCUGCCGGCCGGCUGAUGGAUGUGGAGGACCUGGUGGGGCUGCCAGAGCGGGUGGAAGAGCAGCUGAGUGGCGCAAUCGCCUCCUGCCUGGCCUUCAACCGGUGGGGCACGUUACUGGCAGCCGGGUGCCUGAACGGCUCCGUGGCUCUCUACGACUACCAAACUCGUGGCAUGGCCAGCACCCUGGAGGGAGGCCAUCCUGACCAGACAGCCGUCACCGCCCUCCUGUGGAGUGGAGAUGGCCGCACCCUGCUGUCAGGCGGGCACGACGGCGGCUGUGUCGUCGCAUGGGAUGUGGCCAGCGGGCGGGUGCGGCAGCGGCUGCAGCUGCCCAGCGCUGGUGCCAUUUCGCACCUGGCCUGGGCAUGCAGUGGCCGUGGUCACAGGCAGCAGCAGCAGGGUCCGGAGGAUGAGGUGCUGGUUAGCAGGGAGGGUGGCCCUGCAGUACUGCUGCGCCAAAGCGACGGCCAUCUGCAGCAGUUGCCGAUGGUCUGCAUAGAUGGUGACGCCAAGCAGCCCAGCAGCAGCAGCAGUGGCAGCAAUGCCGCCGGGACCAGUGGCCAGGUGGCGAUAACAUCGCACGAUGGUGCCAUCAUCUACGCCGGCACGCGGGGCGCAGUGAUGGUCCUUCGGCGGGCCGACCUUGCGCUGCUGGAUGUGGUCAAGGUGGGCGAAGGUGGGACACGCAUCCUCGGGCUGGAGCUAAACAACUCUGGCAGGAGGCUGAUGGUGACCGCCGCCGACCACCACAUCCGCAUCUUCCUGCUACACCGCCCCGGCGACCGCCAACCGCUGCGCGAGCAGCAGCGCCUGGCACGCGCCAUGUGCAGCAGCGCCGCCAACGGUGCCUGGUCUAGCACCACGGCAUCGCAGGCCAAAGCGCAGGCGCCAGGGGAUUGGCGGGUGCGCAACAUGGAGGAGGCGCGGCGUGCCGUGGCGACAACAGCGACGUUAUCCCGCAGUCGCAACUCGGUUUUCUACGACAACGACGCCGCUUGGUUGACUGGGCUCCUCGACUUUGCCCAUGAGAACGCGAGGCGGCAGUGGAAGUGCGCCGCCUUCUCACCAGAUGGCGAGUACUUUGCGUCUGCCUUUGAUGGCGGCGGGCAUGUAGUUUAUCUAUGGGAGGCAGAGGCGGAAGCGCGCAUGAAUGCUGUUCUGGAAGGGCAGGACACCAGGGACGGCGUCCUGGCGCUAUGCUGGCACCCCAACUCCACCCCCAUGCAGCUGCUGGCCCUGGGCACGCUUGGCAGCGUCUACAUCUGGGCGAAGGCCUUCACCGAGAAUUGGAGCGCCUUUGCGCCCGACUUUGCUGAGCUGACCAGCAAUAAUGAAUAUGUGGAACCGGAGGACGAGUUUGACAUGAACCCGCACCCCCAGGACGAGCAUCUGCAGCAGCAGAUGGAGCAAGCCGAGAGCAACCAGGAAGAUGAGGAGGCAGAAGAUGUGGACAUUGGCACCCCGGGGUCCCGGCUGGAGGAGGUUGCUGGGCAGCUGGGCAUCCUUCCCGACCAGCAGCUGCCGCUGCUGCACGUGCCCCUGCUUCUGAGCCAGCUCUCACCCACGAAGCCGGCAGUGGGCGUGGCCGGCGCAAGGGUGGUGCAUGCCACAGUGGGCGCGGCGGCGGCGGCGGCGGCAGCAGCAAUGGCGGCAGCGCAGUGA